AUGGCCUCCACCUCGGCGGCGCCGGCGCCGGCGCCGGAGAAGUACGUGCCCAAGAGCAUCCUCAUCACCGGCGCGGCGGGGUUCAUCGCGUCUCACGUCGCCAACCGCCUCGUCCGCGACCACCCGUCGUACCGCGUCCUCGCCCUCGACAAGCUCGACUACUGCGCCAGCCUCAGCAACCUCGCCCCGGCCCUCGCCUCCCCCAACUUCCGCUUCGUCCGCGGCGACGUCGCCUCCGCCGACCUCGUCCUCCACCUCCUCCUCGGCGAGCGCGUCGACACCGUCAUGCACUUCGCCGCGCAGACCCACGUCGACAACUCCUUCGGCAACUCCCUCGAGUUCACCAAGAACAACGUCAUCGCCACCCACGUCCUCCUCGAGGCCUGCCGCCGCGCCGGCCCGGGCGCCGUGCGCCGCUUCGUCCACGUCAGCACCGACGAGGUCUACGGCGAGACGGACAGCGACGCCGCCGUGGGGAACCACGAGGCCUCGCAGCUGCUCCCCACCAACCCCUACUCCGCCACCAAGGCCGCCGCCGAGAUGCUCGUCAUGGCCUACGCGCGCUCCUACGGCCUCCCGGCCAUCACCACGCGCGGCAACAACGUCUACGGCCCGCAGCAGUUCCCGGAGAAGCUCGUCCCCAAGUUCAUCCUCCUCGCCAUGCGCGGCGGGCCCCUCCCCGUCCACGGCGACGGCUCCCACGCCCGGAGCUACCUCUACUGCGAGGACGUAGCCGAGGCGUUCGACGUUGUGCUUCACCGGGGCCAGAUUGGAAGCGUCUACAACAUCGGCACCACCAGGGAGCGCCGUGUCAUCGACGUCGCGCGCCACAUCUGCGGGAUGUUCGGCCUCAACCCUGCCGAGGCUAUCCGGACCGUGAGCGACCGGCCCUUCAACGACCACAGAUACUUCAUCGACGACCAGAAGCUCAAGGCGCUCGGGUGGUCGGAGCGCACGCCGUGGGAGGUGGGGAUCAAGAAGACGGCGGACUGGUACAUCAAACACGGCAACGAAUGGUGGGGCGAUGUGUCCGGCGCGCUCUUGCCGCACCCGAGGAUGCUCACGCCGCAGCAAAGCUUCGACUCGGCCUCCAUGACAAACUUUGAUUUCAAUUAG